AUGGGAAGAUCGAGUGAUCUGAGCGUGCCAGUACCUGGCUUUGUUGUCUUUAGACCGCAUUUAAGGCACCACAAGACCAAGGAAACCAUCUUUGUCAUCAAGGUGACUGUGCAAGACCAAGCCUUCCACAAUACUGUGAAGGACAGCCGUGGUCUGAUCAAUCUUUCUUUUAUCUCCUCUAUAGUGUGUCCUGGCACUGAUAACAAGCUCAGCACACUGUCAGAUUUGGACCAGCAGUACAAAACUCUUCGCAAGUUCUACGAGAACUGUGAGGUGGUCAUGGGUAAUCUGGAGAUCACCAGUAUUGAAAGAAACCGCAACCUGUCUUUCCUCAGGUCCAUCCGUGAGGUGACGGGUUACGUGUUGGUGGCUCUGAAUCAGUUCGACUAUCUUCCUCUGGAGAACCUGCGGAUCAUCCGUGGCACUAAACUGUAUGAAGGACGCUACGCUCUGGCCAUCUUCCUCAACUACAGACGAGAUGCCCACUUUGGCCUUAGACAACUCGGCCUCAAGAACCUGACAGAAAUCUUGAAUGGAGGUGUGUAUGUGGAUCAGAACAGGUUCUUGUGCCAUGCUGACACCAUCCACUGGAAUGACAUCAUCAAGAACCCACGUUCCGAACUUCUGGUGGUUCCUUCCAACAACAGUGGCAACUCAUGCAGACGGUGUCACAGAUCUUGUAAUGGACGUUGCUGGGGUCACCAGGAAGACCAGUGCCAAAGCUUGACAAAAACGGUGUGUGCAGAGCAGUGUGAUGGACGCUGUUUUGGGCCGUACGUCAGUAACUGCUGCCACCGUGAAUGUGCAGGAGGCUGUUUUGGACCCAAAGAUACAGACUGCUUCGCUUGUACCAACUUUAAUGACAGUGGGGCCUGUGUGACACAAUGUCCUCAGCCAUUCGUCUACAAUCCAACAACCUUCCAGCUCGAACACAAUCCCAACGCCAAAUACACCUAUGGAGCUUUCUGUGUCAAGAAAUGCCCACAUAACUUCGUGGUGGAUCACAGCUCUUGUGUCAGAGCCUGUCCGAGCAACAAGAUGGAGGUGGAGGAAAACAACAUCAAGAUGUGCGUCCCGUGCACUGACAUCUGCCCGAAAGUGUGUGAUGGUAUAGGUACCGGCAGUCUUCAAACGGCUCAAACUGUAGAUUCCAGCAACAUUGAUAAGUUUGUCAAUUGCACCAAGAUCAAUGGCAACCUCAUCUUCCUCAUCACAGGCAUCAAAGGGGACAUGUUUCAUGGUAUAAAAGCUCUGGACCCUGAUCGGUUAAAUGUAUUCCGCACUGUCAGAGAAAUCACAGGUUUCUUGAACAUCCAGUCUUGGCCAGAAAACAUGACAGAUCUUGGUGUUUUUUCAAACCUUGCCACCAUUGGAGGACGCUCUCUUUAUAGUGGUAUUUCUCUGCUGAUCCUAAAACAGCGCUGGAUCUCUGCGCUGAAGUUCCAGUCUUUGAGAGAGAUCAGCGCCGGUAACGUCUACAUGACCAACAACAGCCAGCUCUGCUUCUACAACACAGUGAACUGGACCAGUCUGUUCCACACCAGCACCCAGAGAGCUCUGAUCAAGAACAACAGGGACCCCAGAGAGUGUACUAACGAACAAAUGGUUUGUGAUCCGUUGUGUUCAGAGGGAGGAUGCUGGGGUCCCGGUCCAGACCAAUGUCUCUCAUGCAAAUACUUUAGCCGAGGAAGGACAUGUGUCAAGUCCUGUAAUUUAUAUAAUGGGGAUGUUCGAGAGUACGCCAAUGGCUCGGUUUGUGUUGAGUGUGACAGCCAGUGUGAAAAAGCCGGAGAGAAAAGUUUGACCUGCCAUGGCCCGGGGCCAGAUCACUGUCUGAAGUGCUUGCAUCUCAAAGACGGACCCAACUGCGUAGAGAAAUGCCCUGAUGGUCUGCAGGGAGCAAACAGCUUCAUCUUCAAAUAUGCUGAGACCAACAAUGAGUGCCAUCCCUGCCACCCCAAUUGCACCCAGGGUUGUAGUGGACCCCGAGUACAAGAUUGUGCUGGCAUGUUGGACAGGACUCCUCUGAUUGCAGCUGGGUUAAUCGGGGGUCUCUUUGUGAUGGUCAUCAUAGCUCUGGGUGUGGCCGUUUACAUCCGCAGAAAGAGCAUUAAGAAAAAGAGAGCUUUACGUCGUUUCCUGGAGACUGAGUUGGUGGAGCCAUUGACGCCCAGUGGUACCGCGCCAAACCAAGCCAAGCUGCGUAUAUUGAAGGAAACUGAACUUAAGAGAGUCAAGAUUCUGGGAACUGGAGCCUUUGGCAUGGUCUAUAAGGGAAUCUGGGUUCCAGAAGGGGAAACUGUGAAGAUUCCAGUGGCUAUAAAGAUACUCAAUGAAAGUACAGGACCUAAAGCCAAUGUGGAGUUUAUGGAUGAAGCACUGAUCAUGGCCAGCAUGGAGCAUCCUCAUCUAGUGCGUCUUUUGGGGGUCUGCUUGAGUCCCACUAUUCAGCUGGUAACUCAGCUCAUGCCCCAUGGCUGCUUGCUGGACUACGUACAUGAACACCAGGAGAACAUCGGCUCCCAGCUGCUGCUCAACUGGUGCGUGCAGAUCGCAAAGGGUAUGAUGUACCUGGAGGAGAGGCGGCUGGUGCACAGGGACCUCGCGGCCCGUAAUGUCCUGGUAAAAUCUCCAAACCACAUCAAGAUCACUGAUUUUGGACUUGCUCGACUGCUGGAUGUUGAUGAAAAGGAGUAUAAUUCCGAUGGAGGCAAGAUGCCCAUCAAGUGGAUGGCCCUGGAGUGCAUUCAUUACAGGAAGUUCACACAUCAGAGUGAUGUAUGGAGUUAUGGGGUGACUAUCUGGGAGCUGAUGACUUUUGGAGGAAAGCCCUAUGAUGGGAUUCCCACACGUGAGAUUCCAGACAUCUUGGAGAAGGGCGAACGUUUGCCCCAGCCACCCAUCUGCACCAUAGAUGUCUAUAUGGUGAUGGUGAAAUGCUGGAUGAUUGAUGCUGACAGUCGGCCUCGUUUUAAAGAACUUGCUGCAGAGUUCAGCCGCAUGGCACGAGACCCUCAGAGAUACCUCGUCAUACAGGGGGAUGACCGCAUGAAACUGCCCAGCCCCAACCACAGUAAAUUCUUCCAGAAUAUUCUGGACGAGGAGGAGCUGGAUGACCUGAUGGACGCUGAGGAGUACUUGGUUCCUCAGACCUUUAAUAUCACUACCUCUUCACACACAUCAAGACCACCAAUGGAUACCAGUAAGACACAAUUGAGGUGUCAUGAGAGAGUUUUUAGCCCAGAAGACAGGAUGGGGGCUUGUUCCCGUGAAACUUCUGGAUCAGUGAGUGGCAUAUUCCUCCCUGGUAGCACACAAGGUAUGGGUCUUGACACCCUUGAGGAACAACAGUGUAAUGGGAGUUUGAAGAAACAGCCCGUGUCCAGCUCAGGAGACGACUGCGAUGGCCAACGCUAUAGCGCUGACCCAACUGUCUUUCUCGGAGAUAGGAAUCCAAAGACCACUGAUGGAGAUGGGUACAUGAGCCCUAUGAACAAGUCAUCCUCAGACCAUCUUAGUCCUGUUGAGGAGAAUCCUUUUGUAAACCAACGGAAAAAUGAAAAUAUUAAUGCACUGGACAACCCGGGUUACCACAGCACCCCUGAUAGGAAACCCAAUGGAGAAGAUGAGUAUAUCAACGAACCCCUUUACCUAAACACAUACAAUAACAUUAGUGGUACAAACCCACUGCGGAUGACAACAGCAGCCAACACCGCAAGUAGCCACGUUAUCCUCUCAACACAAACUGGGAAAGCCCACCACCAUGGCCAGGGAACACAUGUUCAUUUCGCCGUUCCACCUGUUCAACCCCCCCAAACCAGAUCGAUGAGCCAAAAUGGCCAGCAUUCCCAGUCGCAACAUGGUGCUGAAUCCAAUUCCUCUAGCAUGUCUGGCAAUCCCUCCUUGUUAACCCAAAUCUCCCUUGUCAGCCAACAGAUCCAACCUUGUCUUGCAAGUCAGUCUGGCUCUUCAACCCAUUUGGCUCAAGCAGUAAAAUCUGCAGUCACUAGUAAAAGUAUAUCCGGCCUUCCCGGCCACCUUGUCUAUCCAGGUAACAUGCUUCAAGCAGGUCAUACUGGGACUGUAAUGGUCGACAGGAAGUCACAGAAGAACUUUGAUUAUCCUGACUACUGGCAGCAUAGUCUACCACCCAAAGUGACUCAGCCAAACCCUCAAGACCCAACGCAAGUGUGCAAAAGCAAACCUCUCUACAGCCACAGCAUCCGAAGUCGCAUCGCCGUGGCUGACAGCCCUGAGUAUCUUUCUGAGUUUAACAAGAGACCGGGAACAGUUCUGCCGCCUCCACCGUACCGGCAUAGGAAUACGGUAGUGUAACAACGCAGUUCUAGAGAGCCAGAUUCUCCUACCAGCACAGUACUUCAGGAAUUAAGGAUGGAGACUUAUUGGAUGUUAAAGAAAACUGAUCAACCAAAGUGCCUCUGGACUAUUCCGAAAUCUAUUCCAUCUUUUCUAUUCCAAUAAAUAAGAAUGUAACCAGAUAUACACCAGAUAAUUUAACCAAAAAAUGAACAUCCUGUCACCAUCUAUUCUGUCAUGUCGCUCCAAACAUACUUAUGUUCAAUCCCAAAUUAGGAUAUUUUUAAUGAAAACUGAGUGUUUUGUUUUCCUUCCACUGAAAGUCCCAAAAAAAAAAAAAAAAAAAAAUAGUUACAGCCAAAUGUAUUACUUUUUCUUACUUUCCUAAAGACAACACUUUACAUUCCUAACAAGUAAAAUUAUUAUUAUAAACACCAUAUACAUUCUGUUUAAUUUAGUUUACUUACUUUAAAUAAAGAUAUCUUCAGAAGACAUUUAUUGUAAUGUCUCUUUAAAAUAUGCACAGAAACACAGAAGAAAAUAUUAAAAUCCACAAACAUUUCUGCAGUCAGUAAAGCUAGCUAAUAUGUAUUCUGCACAUUGACACAUUGAUGUACUAUCUAGGCUAAAUAGUUUAUUUUGUAUCUUUGGGGAUAGUUAUUUGCUUUUAGCCAAACCAGAACUGGAAACCAUCGAUUAGGUCCAAUAUAAAAAUACAAACACAGUAAUUUCACUUUUCCAGUGUACACCAGUGUUACACUCUGGCAUUUAAAAAUGUUCAUUUAGACAUCAUAAAAUGUGCUUGCUUGACUAAUGAGGUUCGUUGAGCUUCUAUUUGUCACAUUUGAUGUGCUGUAUUUAUGUGCAUUGACCUCUGUUUAUAUGUGAAUAAAAGUCUAAAUGAAACCAUGUCAUGAAGUAUUUAAGUCUUUUCAGAAGAAUUGGCUUAAACCACUCAAUUCAUUUGGAUUUCUUUUUUACGAUCUCUAAGUUUUGAUGGAAAUAACUUUCAAUGGAGGGACAAAAAUCUCUCAGGUUUCAUUUAAAAUAUGUUAAUAUGUGAUUUAAGAAGGUUUGGAAGGGCAUGAGGGUGAGUGAAUGAUGAAAGAAUUUUAUUUUUGUGCAAACGGACUCUUUACUUCUCACCUGUGUCUCCUACAGUUAGGACAUUCAUCGUGAGAUCGUGGGAAUUGGUGUUCAACUUGACUAAAAGGGAAAACAAUGGGGAAAACACUUGCUCUUGUACCUUUUUUUUUUUUUGGUAAAAGGCAAUUUAGUUUAUUAUGGUUUAUUUCCAUAACUUCUUCACGUUGUUUAAACUUACCAGUUUCCCUCAGUUUUUUACUCGUAUAUAGAAAAUAUAAAAUCUGAUACAGGCAGAGAAAGAGCACACGGAGCAGCCAUACAGCUUCUUGAGCAAACGGGAAAUGAGUGCCUUCCUCAGUGUCACAAAAGAAUCGGUGGACGUGCCAGUGGUGUGAUGUGACCUGGAAUCUUUAACUGCUGUAGAUAUAAGUGAAACCAAUUUGAAUAUUUACUACUGAGCCACCCAUGUUCAAAUAGACUCACCCAGAGCCGGGAACAAUGUAUUGAACAUGUUGUAUUUAAUUCAUCUAGUAAUGAACUUAAUGUCAAUAUUGAUAUUCUGGAAGGCAAUAUUACAGGUGAUGGAGGACACACUACUACUGGUCUCCAAUGGAGAAUUUUUCAGUGUACUCAGACAGAAAAUACUUUUUUCUGAAAUGUAUCUUGCUCUCAGUGAGAGUGUGACUGUAUUGUGGCCAGGGAGAAACUGUGCAUAUGUUUUAGAAACUGUAAUGGACAUUUGUCAUUACUCAUGUCAGUGUCAUGGCAGAUAAGUUUGGUCCUAUAUGUACCAUGCUAAAACUAUGUGACUGGUUUGCCUCUGAUUGAACAGCUAUGGGAGAUGUAUCUACAUUUGUUGGGCUUUUCUGUUAUAUUUUUCUUUCCUUUUUUAUUCUUUCUUUGUACUUUUGUUCGUUUUGGGGCUAUUCCAAAAGAUGCAUCUCAUCCCUGUUGUAAUUCUAUUUGAUGGAAUGACACAAUAAAGGUCUUGUUUGAGAUUUUGAACUUGUUCUUACAUUUCUAGUGUCUGAGAUGACUGAGAUGAUAAGGGUCUUUUGUUGUUGUAUGGUACAAGCCCAAGCUUGUUCACUACACUUUUCAGGUAUUAUCCAUCAUAUCUGAACUUGCUCUUACAAACAAGUAAUGUGGUGCUAUUGGAUCUCGCCAACCUCCCUUUCUUUGCCAGCAAGUAAGAUGUGUACUUUUGCUGCUUCAGCUACUCUGCAAAAGACAAAGAACUAGUUUUAAGGAGGUAGAGUAUUUUAGCUAACUGAUCUCUGUGCACGGAAACUUUAUUCCAGGCAGAGGCAGUAAAUGAAUCAAACCAUCAGCAC